AUGGCGACCUUAAACCUAUCGUUUGUGAUAUGGUGCGAUGGUCGUAUGGUAAGCUCUCCGGCUGGAGUAGAAUACCAGGGCGGCCGUCGGGCGGAUAUGCCAAUUAUUGAUAGGAUGAAUUUUGAAGAAUUGAGAAAUAUUUGUAUAAGGGCAGUAGCUACGGACUCGGAAGUGGAGAUUACAAAAAUCUACUUUCGGCUUCCAAAAAUUGAAAGUGGUCGUAUUGUCUCCUACUCGUUGUACUCAGUAGAAAACAACGAGCAUAUUUUUGGAAUUUUGAGAGAGACGAUGCGGUACCGAGGGCUUGAUACUUUAGAAUUUUACGUCGAGUAUCGUACUGUCGUUUGUCACGAUGUCUCUGUGGAUCAGUUGGUUCUGAGUGAAUCGAGUGGGUCGGAGAUAGGGAGUGAUGAAGAUGAAGAUGAUGAAGAGGAUUUUUUUGGUUGCGAGGAAGAGGCAGAAGAGCAAGAGGAUUGCAAUGAUCAUGAUUCUGGAGAAGACACAGUGUACCAAUCGCAACUCCCAGAAGGUUUUAACCAUGUCAAUUUGGAUGAUUUUGAUGUGGCACCAGAAUCUGAUGAGAACCUUAUGUGGAAUCCUGGGAUGGAGUUCCAAGUUGGGAUGAUCUUCCCAAAUCGUGCUUCUGUUCAGGCAUGCGCUACUGCUUAUUCUGUUGAGAAUGGGAGGGAGCACAAAAGUCGCCGGACAACCAACUAUACUGUUGUGUUUGCAUGUAGGUAUAAUCCUAUUUGCAAAUGGUGGCUGCGUGCAACUCUGCUUCAAGCAACUCAUACGUGGACAUGCACAAAAUAUAUCGGGCCGCAUACGUGCAAUGAGCUGGUGCCAAAUGCUAAUCAUAGAAAUUUUGGGGCACGAGAAAUUGCGAAAUACGUGCGGAGGAAAGUGAUGGAGCAGCGUGACAUACGCGUUAAUACCCUUAUUGCUGGCAUUUGGGAUGAACAUAGAGUGAGACCUCCAUAUAAAAGAAUGUGGUAUGCAAAGGAGAAGGCAAUUGCUUCUGUUUACGGGGACUGGCAUGAAUCCUUCGGAUGUAUCAAUGACAUAAUGCAUAAUAUGGUUCACGCGAUGAUGUUUACAUUAACGGGAUGCUUCAGCCGAAUAUUAGAACGUUUGUUAGAAUGUUUUGGACUUUUUUUCCGAUGGUUGCUGGAUUUCCGAUCCAUACCCUCCCAGUACCUUGCGGGUUCAGAAGUUUGGCGUGCUCGGGUACCCUUGAUUUACUACAACAUUGUGGAGUGGCACCAGCCAGAUAGAGUAUUGCAGCAGUUUGGGCUUACUCAGCCUAUCCCUCUGGCCCCAGUGCAGGAUCACCGCCUCCAUUCCCUCCUUUACAAGAGCAGCAACAACUACAUGGAGAUCCUCGGGUAUUACGUACUGAUUUGGCUCCACAGGGAGUCACAUGUCGUUGGCGGUUACCGUUUUGAGCGUCCACCACACUACCAUUCCCAGUACAUGGAGUGGUAUCGGAGACACACCCGGAGGUGGAUUACCUGGCAGGGUGCAGCUGACGGUUCGAGUCGUGAUCUGGCGGAGAUGGUACACGUUCGGAGAUCUAGCCGUGACUCCAUAAUUGGGUCCGCUGCACGCAGUUCACAAAUGGCGUACAUGGAGGAUCGUCGGGAUGUCACUCUUCCACCGCCUGAGCCAGCAGUCCCGGCAUUUGUACUGCCUCCUCUCCCUCCUUUGACGGUUGACUUGGAUUCCAUUCACGGUCGUCGUAGACAACGGCCUACACCACGCCAGCCUCGCCAGCGGCCAGAUCAGCCUAUACCGCCCCCUGUGUACUAUCAUUACGAUGCAGGAGAGAGCUCGCAGACACGACAGAACUAUUGCGGGCCUACUCAGUUUCAGGGUGACGGUUCACAGUUUCAGCAGCACUCGCAGGUCCCUCCGAUCUCAUCGUUUCCGGUACCACCGUCAUCCGGGCCGUUCUUUUACUCCUCAGAACAGACGCCGUAUACCACUCAUCUGACAGAGCCGGCUCAGUAUCGACAGGCUACACCACCCCCAUUUCAGGCACCUCAGCAUGGUCAACCUUCUACCCCCUCUGAUCAGGGUUACCGGCCCGUGUUUUCUUGGCUCGAUCAACCGUCAGCGUCACAUUCGCGUCCCUCCCCUUCCACCCCGGUCGCGGAUCCGUCGCAGAUGUUUUUUUCGAUAUCAGAGGCUUGGUUGAACAGUCCAGGUCUCGGGGAGGGGGGCUCUUUCGAGGCGUUACAGUCCGGUAGUAUUCAGUUUUCGGGUCCGUCCUUCAGCCUCCUUCCGCAGUCACAGGAGGCACCGACUACUGCACCGGCUGCAGAUGAUCAGGAGCUAUCCCUAGACGAUGAUCACGAGAGCGAGGGCGCGCCAGGUGACAGACCGGGUGAUAGACAGUAUCGCGAUCUUACUGAGAGCAGUCUGCGCCGCAGGCAAGAUAUGGGGUACGAUAUGAGGACUCAACUGGAGAAGAACACUAGAUAUCGAGAUUAUUUAUGAUUUUGUUAUUUUUGUAGACACUUUAAAUUUUGUAAUCCUACUUUAUUUUAUCGACUAUUCCGUAUUAUUAUAUCGUUCAUCAUUUUA